AUGGUACAAGACGAAUUCGAAAACCCAGGUUCUAUCAAUGUUAGGUUUGGUAAUUCAAUCAGUGUAACUUCGAGUAGUGUGUUUGAAAGGGAUAGGUUUUACGAAGAGUACUCUGCAAUAAGGAAUGAAAGGCUGAAGAGAAAGAACAGUGAAAUAGGGGAUGAGAAGACGAAGAAGACUGUGUACGAUCUUGGAGUUAAAGUUGAAUCUGCAAAGAAAUGGGAUGUGAAAGGAUUGAGAAAAUCUGUACUUUCUACACCCAUGGCGACGAUGGAUCGAAGAGAGAAUCAGAGGUAUUUUCUGAGGAGUAGCAUUAAGGAAAACAAGAAACCUCCUUUGCCUGUGAAAUCUCAGAAAUCUGGGCUUGGUGGUGAUCGAAAAAUCGUACCACGAAGGGUUCUGAAAAGUUGA